AACAAAACAGUUGCAUUUAAUUUUUUCCAGAGUUAAGAUGAGCCGCGUUAAUUUGAUUUUGUGUAUUAUUUUGUUUGGGUACACUUUUAGUAGUGAAGCUGGAGAUUUAGUAAAAUCAAAAAUGGAAGAAUAUGCUGUAGUACCUGAUGUAAUUGACGAAGCACCACAUGAAUUUCUUGAGGUAACAUACAGAAGCGAUGUAAAGGCCGAUUUAGGGAAUGAACUCACUCCAAAACAAGUAAAAUAUAUUCCCGAUUUGGACUGGAAUGCUGAUGAGAAUGAGCUCUACACAGUUCUGAUGACAGAUCCUGAUGCACCGGGUCAAUUGAAAGAGUUCCGACACUGGUUGGUUGUUAAUAUUCCUGGAAAAAAUGUUGCAAAGGGUAAAAUCAUAUUCGAUUAUAUUGGUUCUGGACCUCCAAAGGGAACUGGAUUGCAUCGUUAUAUUUUCCUUGUUUUCAAACAACCAAAUAUUAUUUCAAAUGAUAAUUUUGUUCCAAAUACUUCAAGGGAAGGUCGCCCAGGAACUAAGGCACGUGAUCUUAUAAAGGAAUACGAUCUAGGAGUACCUGUUGCUGGCAACUUUUUCCGAGCUCAAUUUGAUGAUUAUGUUCCGAUCCUUCAUGCUCAACUUGGUGGACCACCACCUGCUUUGAAAGAAGUUUAAAUUUGUUAAAUUAAUAAUAUAUUUUAGUUAGAAGCCGUACAAAUAUUUUUUUGGGGAAUUAAAUAAAAUUUGUUUGCAAAUUUAAAA